ACAUUCCUAAUCAAAAUUAUCAAACAACCCCCAACAAAACCCAGAAAAAUUGUGAAUACAGAAAAAUCCAAGUAAUAACAAACAAACAAACAAAUAAAUAAAAUAAGAACGCACAACAUUGUACCAUUUCUGCACUUGCAUUCUCCUUAGAAAAUUUCUAGCAGGUCAACUAAUACUAAUACUAAUAAUAAUAUAACCUGUAGGAGAUUAACAUUCACUACAAGCCAUGGCCUCAACUUCAUCAUCAACCCUAUCAAUCUCUUCCUCAUCAAGCCUGAUUGAUGCCAAGGCUCCUCGCCAAUCAGCUGCUGCAUCACCACAAUGCGUGACGCUUCCUACCCUCCCUCCUCCUCCUGUUCAGUCUCAGAACCGCCCAUGGAAAGCCACUGCUUAUUGUCGUAAGAUGGCCCGCAAUGUUAUGGCUCUGGCUACAGGAGAGGCUCCAGCAGAAGUUGCUACAGCUGAAGUGCCAGAAAUUAUCAAGACAGUUCAAGAAGCUUGGGACAAGGUUGAAGAUAAGUACGCAGUGAGUACACUUGCAGUGGUUGGUGCAGUUGCCCUCUGGGGCUCCACUGGGAUGAUCUCCGCAAUUGACAGGAUUCCUUUGGUUCCUGGGGUUCUUGAGGUUGUCGGAAUCGGCUACAGUGGAUGGUUUGCUUACAAGAACCUCGUUUUCAAACCUGAUAGGGAAGCUUUGCUAGAGAAAAUUAAAGCCACAUACAAGGAUAUAAUCGGAAGCAGCUAAAAGGAAUCAACUGGGAUCCUCUGCUGCAGCGAGGUGAAGUUUCGAGUUGGGAAGCAAAAAAUGUGUCGCAGCAUCGUGUUCUCAAGGAUUUUAAACAUGCUUCAUUUUGUUGGAAUAAUUAAGUUUCUAACCAGAGUAAAUCCACAUAAUGUACUUUUAUCUCUAAGAUACUUGUAAUUAAGUAUUUCGUUUCCUCUCCUUUUUACACUAUCUUUUUAUGAAGGGCUUGGAACAGCAUUUCAGAAUCUAGAAAAAGCACUCUGCACAUGUCCUUGGAUUUUAUUUACAAUGAAUUGAAUGUGUAUUCCUGUA